UAUGGGGAAAAAAUGUAUUGUGAAAAAACUAUAGGAACCAGUUCCCUUUUUGACCAUUAGGUUUUCUGGGUAUUAUUACACCUAUGCACACAAGCCUGUGUAGGACUCAUUAGAGGCACUAAAUCAGACUGGGGGGAAAAAGAACAUCAAUGAUGCUGUCAGACUGAUUUAUAAUAGACUGUCUAAGACACAGUUUAAAUAGUAGACAUUGGCUGUUGAUUACACCUUGUGUUUUUUUACAUGGUGUGUUUUUUUUUUUUAUAUCAAAAUGGGGUCGCGGACCAAAAAAGUUUGGGAACCCCUGGCCAAGCCUACUCACUGGAAUACCUAUUUGUCUCCCCUAGUGGAGGAAAAAUGGACCUACAAUGACAAAUAAAAAAACAGGGAUCAGCGCAUUGAGCUAUAAAAAAAAAACGGAUCAGCGCCAUGUCUGAUUCUCCAGUAGUGGAAUAGAGAACGGGACACCUAAACCAUUUAAUUCCAGGGUCGGGGAUCCCGUUCGGUCUCGAGAAUGUCCGGGAGCGCAGGGAUUCAGCAGGGCUCCCCGGCCAUCGGUGCAGCGGGAUCGGCGCCUGCGGCUCCGGGAGCCGGGGGAACCGAGGGUUCGGGCGCCACGGUAGGAUCGGCACGAAUCGCGGUGAAGAAGGCGCAGCUCCGCUCCUCCCCGCGCCCGAAGAAACUGGAGAAGCUCGGAGUUUAUUCAUCUUGCAAGGCUGAGGGGGCCUGUAAGUGUAACAGCUGGAAGAGCCAGAACCCCCCUCCCACACCACCCCGUACAGACCAGCAGCCCAACACUGUCAACCUUCAGGACCCCUGUCGUAGCUGCUCUCAUACACUGGGUGAUCAUGUAACCCACCUGGAGAAUGUUUCAGAGGAGGAGAUGAACAGGCUUCUGGGCAUUGCUCUGGACGUGGAGUACCUGAACACAUGUGUCCACAAAGAGGAGGACGCUGACACCAAACAAGUCUACUUCUCCCUCUUCAAGCUGUUGAGGAAAUGCAUCCUACAGAUGGGCAAACCUGUAGUGGAGGCACAGGAGAGUCCUCCCUUUGAGAAACCUAGCAUUGAACAGGGGGUGAAUAACUUUGUCCAGUACAAGUUCAGUCAUCUUCCCUCCAAGGAGCGACAGACCAUCGUGGAGCUGGCCAAGAUGUUCCUCAACCAGAUCAACUACUGGCAGCUGGAGACACCCUCACAGAGACGACGGCGGGCCCCUGCUGAUGAUGCCGCCGGGUACAAAGUCAACUACACCAGAUGGCUGUGCUACUGCAACGUCCCUCAGUUCUGUGACAGUCUACCGCGGUACGAGACGACCCAAAUCUUCGGUCGGACCCUGCUGCGCUCUGUCUUCACUGUAAUGAGGAAACAGCUGCUAGAGCAGGCCAGGCAGGAGAAGGAUAAGCUACCCCCGGAGAAACGCACUCUCAUCCUCACACACUUCCCCAAAUUCCUGUCCAUGCUGGAGGAGGAGGUGUACAGUCACAGCUCUCCCAUCUGGAGUGAAGACUUCCUGGCUGGAUCCUCAGGAGGACCGAUCCCCAUCCAUACAGUGAUCAGUGCGCCCCCGGUGGCCAGGCCUCUGUACUACAACACCAGCCCAGUAUCUGUGGACCAAUCCAGCUGUGGCAGUGUCAGUCCUGCCAGGAAGACCGCCUCUGUUCUGGAACCCAGCCCAGGUGGGCAGAAGCGGAAGCCAUCGGAGCCCCUCCCCCAUGAGGAGACUAAGAAGCUUAGGAUUGUCGGGGACAUCCCCAUGGAACUCAUCAACGAAGUCAUGGCAACCAUCACCGACCCCGCCUCCAUGCUGGGACCAGAGACCAGUCUACUGUCGGCCCACUCAGCCCGUGAUGAGGCGGCACGCCUGGAGGAGAGGAGGGGGGUGAUAGAGUUCCACGUCAUCGGGAACUCCCUCAACCAGAAGCCCAACAAGAGGAUCCUCAUGUGGCUGGUGGGCCUCCAGAAUGUCUUCUCUCACCAGCUGCCUCGCAUGCCCAAAGAGUACAUCACACGCCUCGUCUUUGACCCUAAGCACAAGACUCUGUCGCUGAUCAAAGAUGGCCGUGUGAUCGGAGGGAUCUGCUUCCGGAUGUUCCCCUCGCAGAGCUUCACAGAGAUCGUAUUCUGUGCUGUCACCUCCAACGAGCAGGUCAAGGGAUACGGCACUCACCUGAUGAACCAUCUGAAGGAGUACCACAUCAAGCACGACAUCCUCAACUUCCUCACCUACGCAGACGAGUAUGCCAUUGGCUACUUCAAAAAGCAGGGCUUCUCUAAAGACAUCAAGGUUCCCAAGGCCAAGUAUCUGGGCUACAUCAAAGACUAUGAGGGAGCGACGCUGAUGGGCUGUGAGCUCAACCCCAGCAUCCCUUACACUGAGUUCUCUGUCAUUAUCAAGAAGCAGAAAGAGAUCAUAAAGAAACUGAUAGAGAGGAAGCAAGCUCAGAUCAGAAAGGUCUACCCAGGACUUUCCUGUUUUAAGGAAGGAGUUCGACAGAUUCCCAUCGAGAGCAUUCCUGGAAUACGAGAAACUGGAUGGAAACCGGUGGGCAAAGGGAAAGAGCUGAAGGAUCCAGAUCAGCUGUACAGCACCCUGAAGACCAUCCUACAACACGUUAAGAGUCACCAGAAUGCCUGGCCGUUCAUGGAACCAGUGAAAAAGACUGAGGCUCCCGGCUACUACCAAGUCAUCCGCUUCCCCAUGGACCUGAAGACGAUGUCGGAGCGUCUGAAGAGCAGGUACUACACCACGCGGAAGCUCUUCAUGGCCGACAUGCAGCGCAUCUUCACCAACUGUCGCGAGUACAAUCCCCCAGAGAGCGAGUACUACAAGUGUGCCAACCUGCUAGAGAAGUUCUUCUACACCAAGAUCAAGGAGGCAGGUCUCAUUGAGAAGUGAAGAGAUGGGAGGGGCUUCAAGGGUAAGGGAGCAAUGGGCUUAGGUCUAAUGAUUUCAAAAGGUUUUUGUUUUUAUUUACUUAUUCUUUAUUUUUCUACUGCGUUCAACCAGAAAAAGAAAUAGAUAUAUAUCCAGUAGGGAAGAUGAUUUUAGGUUAAUCAGUAUACUAUCCCUUGCCCCACUCAGGAAAACAGAAGUCCUAGAUAGAAACUCCAAUCUGUUCAGCUAACCCAACCCUCCAUCUGUUCAGCUAACCCAACCCUCCAUCUGUUCAGCUAACCCAACCCUCCAUCUGUUCAGCUAACCCAACCCUCCAUCUGUUCAGGUAACCCAACCCUCCAUCUGUUCAGCUAACCCAACCCUCCAUCUGUUCAACUAACCCAACCCUCCAUCUGUUCAGCUGACCCAACCCUCCAUCUGUUCAACUAACCUAACCCUCCAUCUGUUCAACUAACCCAACCCUCCAUCUGUUCAGCUGACCCAACCCUCCAUCUGUUCAACUAACCCAACCCUCCAUCUGUUCAGCUGACCCAACCCUCCAUCUGUUCAGCUGACCCAACCCUCCAUCUGUUCAGCUGACCCAACCCUCCAUCUGUUCAGCUAACCCAACCCUCCAUCUGUUCAGCUAACCCAACCCUCCAUCUGUUCAGCUGACCCAACCCUCCAUCUGUUCAGCUGACCCAACCCUCCAUCUGUUCAGCUGACCCAACCCUCCAUCUGUUCAGCUGACCCAACCCUCCAUCUGUUCAACUGACCCAACCCUCCAUCUGUUCAGCUAACCCAACCCUCCAUCUGUUCAACUAACCCUACAUCUGUUCAGCUAACCCUCCAUCUGUUCAACUAACCUAACCCUCCAUCUGUUCAACUAACCCAACCCUCCAUCUGUUCAACUAACCCUACAUCUGUUCAGCUAACCCUCCAUCUGUUCAACUAACCCAACCCUCCAUCUGUUCAACUAACCCUCCAUCUGUUCAGCUGACCCAACCCUCCAUCUGUUCAGCUAACCCAACCCUCCAUCUGUUCAACUAACCCAACCCUCCAUCUGUUCAGCUAACCCUCCAUCUGUUCAACUAACCUAACCCUCCAUCUGUUCAACUAACCCAACCCUCCAUCUGUUCAACUAACCCUCCAUCUGUUCAGCUAACCCUCCAUCUGUUCAGCUAACCCUCCAUCUGUUUAGCUAACCCUCCAUCUGUUCAGCUAACCCUCCAUCUGUUCAGCUAACCCUCCAUCUGUUCAACUAACCUAACCCUCCAUCUGUUCAACUAACCUUACAUCUGUUCAGCUAACCCUACAUCUGUUCAACUAACCUAACCCUCCAUCUGUUCAACUAACCUAACUGUACAUCUGUUUGGAGUCAUACUACAUGUAAGACGUCACAUCUGUGAAGAACUGGACUGUCUGAGAGAUAUGGGGAGGGAUAGUCAGUUACUCAGUCAUUCAGUCUCUGUCUCCAUAUGAUGUUACUGGGUCGUAAUGGUGUAGGGUGAAAAUACCCCUAGACGCCGAUUUUGGGUCAGUUUUGCACUUUCCCCACUAAUGGUAAAGGUUAGGAUUAGGGGAGGGGAAGCUGAUCCUAGAUCUGUACCUAGGGGAACCCUCAACCUGGAACCAUAGUAAUGACUUGUUUUAUUUGUAUGUGCGUGUUAUGCGUGACUUCAGAUGAGGUCUGUCCCAGAAUUUAUGAGGGCAUAAUUUGUAUGUAUGUUACUAGAGAGUUCAUCCUGCCAAAAAAGGAAAAUUAUAUUUUAAAUCUAUGUAUGAAUUUUAACAAUUGUAAACCUCUUGAAUUACUUGCUGUAUAUUUUUCACGUUUUGUUUUUUUAAACUGAAAGGAGGGGAAGCCUCUUUUCUUGAAGUUACCCUUCAUGCUGGUCCAUGUAAAAAGUCCAAUAGGGCAAAAGGUGACCAUGGAAAUGCACUUAUUUAUUUUUUCAAGCAACUAUUCAGCAUCACAUGGUGAAAAAUAGCUUUUUUGUUUUCCAUCGAGAUGUUCUGUUUUUUGAGAAAAGCACUAUGAACUAAUGGCUAAUUUUAACUAUGUAGAGUUUCUCCUUAUUUAUGUGCUGUAAUUUUUAAGGAAUAAUGCUUAAUAAAAUAAUUUAUUCUGUCUUA